ACAACACCACGAACUCGGUUUGUAUAUGUAGCUAGCUAAUAGCGAACCGUAGCUUUUAUUCCACUAAAAUAGGGAGUAAUUUACACUAAUAUAACGUUUCUCAAGUGACUAGAUUUCGUAGAAACAGCAAUGGAGGCGGAAGAAAUUGUGACUAAAAUCAACAGAAAAGAAUUGCGCAAGCAGAAGUUGAUGGAGUACUUAGCAGCCAAGGGAAGAUUGAAGCCCCCCAACCCAAAACCUUAUCUUCGAGAUGACUUUAAAGCAAAGAGUACCAGCAUGUCUACAGUGAAGGAUUAUCUGGCCAAUGGGAAAGAGAACCAGGCCAUGGGGAAAGAGAACCAGGGUCCAGAUGCCCUCAAGAUGAAAAAGGAAGCUGUGAAGGUUAAACAUCUGACAGUCAAAGCAUUUUCCCAAAUCACUGGUACCUUGCACAGUACCACCAACAAACAGUGUUUCACCACCAGCAGCAGCACUCUGCGUCCCCUGUCUGCAGUAUCGAUUACUACACGUCUCAAAGCGAUCAAAGGUGCAAUAAAGCCUUCUGCGGUUGCCCCAGGUCACCCUGCCCACCUGAAAAUUGUUCCAGCCAGACCACACUCUACUGUCCCUACAAAAACAUGCCCAGGCACCACCAACCAUCCCAGAACCAAGCCCAACCCAGCUGUUAAAGGCAGCAAUACAUGCCCCAACUCCGCCAAACCACUGGCCAACACUGGUAGAACAUAUUCGGCCAACACAACCAGACCACAGCCAAACACUACUGGGAAACCCACCAACACACGCCCCAAUACAGCCAGCACCCGCCCCAGCACAUCUAGCAUUGCGAGAAUGAGUCUUAGUACAGCGGCUAAAACCAAGACAGGCCUCAUGUGUGCUCAGGUGCAGCCUAGAAACACACACCCCAGAGCCACCAUCCCUGCCCCUGCUGCAGCCCCCACCACCUCCUUUGUCCUGAACAGAGCGUGCCCAAGCACCAUCCCAGUUCCAGCUGUGACUCAGAGACUAGUUACUACUCAGAGGAGAACGAAUCCCGUCACUACCAUGAGUAAAACUAACCAGAGGACGGGUGCCUCGGCUGUGGACAAUGGGCAAAGGAGGAGCCAAGCUCUGAGCAGAAUUGACUCUAAACCACUUCCAGGGAGAAUCAGUAAAUCAGCAGGGCUGAGGCAACCUGCCGCUGGGCCUAAACCGACCAUCCAAAGCCCUACUGGUCUACCUGGAUCCAAGACUGCAGCUAUGAAGCCAGGGGAGAAAGGGAAAAACGCAGCCAGAGUUUCGAUCCAAGUGGUUGAGCCUGUGAAGAGGGCUCCACCACAGCACAGGGCCGAGGCUAGAGGAGCAGGAGGGGCCACCACUCGGACAUGUAAGCCUGACUCUCAAGCCUCCACCGGGAUAACAGGGAACCGAUGGCAGGCCAAGGCUCUGAGUAGGGCCAUGCAUGCAGCUGUGGCUAAGAUGGGACAGAAAGGCAGCAGAGAGGAGAACCGAGAGACCGCGACUGACACAAACGUUCCUUCAAUGUCCAUAAACGUUCCUACACCAGCGUGUUGGCCUAACAGGAGCACAGUGAAUGGUGUGUGGAUCCCCCAGACGGUUCCUCGCUCUGCCAGAGAGUUCAGCCACAGCCAGGUGGAGGUGGGGUGGGCGGCUGGUGUUGGCCUGAAGACACCCAGAGACCAGGCCAGGAUCAUGCCACAGACAGAGGGCAGGAAGAAUAUGACUGCAGCUCAGGAGGAAAGGAUUAAGAAGCUCCAGGAAUGGCGUGAGAACAGGGGCAUCUCCUACAAGCGUCCCCCCAUGCCGGUGAGGCCUCAGGCGCGGCGCACCGUGGCCCUCCCUCAGCCCUACUGGGCUGGUAUGGAGGACGAGUACCUGGAGGCCAAGUCUCUGGUUGGAGCGGUGGACCGGUGCCUGGCUGACUGCAUCAAACUGCUGGAUGAGGGCUGCCUGUCCACCCAGGUGCAGGAGAUGUUGUCCAGGGUGCCCUUGGCGGAGAAGUUCUCUAAGUACUGGAUCUGCCAGGCUCGCCUGAUGGAGCGCCAGGGCAAUCUGGAGGUGCUGCCCCUGUUUGAGGAGGCAGUACGCGUGGUGCUAGAGCCAGUGGAUGAGCUGCGGACUGUUGUGUUUGAGAUGUUAAAAAAGAAGGAAGAGACACAAGGUAAGUCUCCUGUAGCGUCAGAUGGGGCUGAGAAGAAGGAUGAAGAGACUGACUAUACACCAGACCCCACGGCCACACCCACAACUGUCAAAGCCCUGAUCCGUGGUGACAGAGGAGGAUCGUCUGUGGUCAAGUACAAGAUCACCGCCACUACAGGUGGCUUCAGGAGCCAGCAGAGGGAGCUGGCGGUGGCCCGCGUGGUCGACGGACAGGAGCUGAGGUUCUUCACCCCCGUCAGGCGCUCUGUGAGGAUCGAGAGGUCUGCGCUCCGCUACCCCGCCUCCCUCCAGGAGCACGACCUCUGUGUUGCCUCCUUCAAUGACCUGAUGGCCCAGGAGGAGGAGCGGGAAGGAGAGAGGGAGGGAGACGGAGAGGAUGAUGGCAGCUCCGGGCCCACCCCGAAUGGCCAUCUGUACGUGUACAGAGAGAACGAGGCACUGAGAGACAAAGUCAAUAUCCAGCUGGUCUACGCUGAAGAAGACGACUAAGGGCUAUAUCCUAAUACUCUGAUGUGGCUUCCUCUCCUGGUUUCCUCUUAGCCUAUCAAUCCUGAUCUAAUAGUACAGGAAUAGGUGAAAGGGUGGUGGUGGAUGAUGCCCAUUCACCCUCUAGGAAUGUAGCUUUCAACUGUCCAGUUGCUUGCCUUCAGUGCAGGGUCACAGUGUUGUGUUUGAGGCCACCUAAAGCGAGACUGAUUCAAGACCGAGACCAGAUCAAUGCGAGUCCAAUUCAAGACCACGAUUGUAAUUGUGUCAAAUCGCCACCAUAAUAAGAGUUCAAAAUGUUCAAUAUUUCAGAAGACCAGGGGUUCGUAAACGUUUUCAGCCUUGGACCCAAAUGAGAAAUUCAUUGUUUUCCUGGGACCCAAGCUCUUGAAAACAUGCCCCCUUUUGGGGGUCCUAAGCGAGAUUUGGUUUGGGGGCCCCCUCUUGACUGCUGAGAGAAAUUGAAGUUUUAAACUUAAUUUCCUGCAAUUCUACAAAUUUUGCAAAUGAGGAGAGAAAAUGCUCCAGUUUUACAGCAAAUGUUUUUACAAGUCUAGACAUUUUGCCAUGGGGCUGAGAAAAUGUUAAAAUUUUAUAACGAAUUUCAUGCAAUUCUACUCAUUUUGCCAUGGGACAGAGAUAAGAAAAUCGACAUUUUAAAGCAAAUUUCUGCAAUUCUACCCAUUUUGCCAUUGGGUGGAGAGAAAUCUUUGCCGUUUUAAAGCUAAUUUCUUAUGCCAUGACUGAGUUACA